AUGCCAAAGGCCCAACAGAGGACGUACGCGGGGCAUACUCCUCUGAGUCAUGAUCAUGCGAGUUGCCCCACUCAACCGAAUAACGCUCCGGUCCAAACGACACUUCCUAAAGAAGUUGAUAAUGAAGGUUUUCAAACGGUCAAAAAAAGAACUAGAGCCAUCCCUAUCCCUAAAAAGAAGGUUCAAGUUAACAAUCGUAAAGAUAAAGGGCCCGCUCUAAAAAUCGUUCAAGUCUACAAGCCAAUAACGCAUGACUCGAAGAAAAAGAAUGUGUCGUCUAACAUGUUUGAUGCUCUCUCGCAUCAAAAAAUCGAUGAAUCUGAAGAUGACACUAGCAUCCCUCCUGUCUCCCAUCCAAGUGAUACCCUCCAAUCUUCCGAUACAUAUCCGAGUUCUUCUCACGGCGGCCAUAUCUCUCCUCCAGUUGACCAGGGUUGA